AUGUCGAGUAACACACUGCAGAACGUCGUGGUGGUAGGCGCAGCAGCGGCGGGCCUGACGACGGCGCAGUCGGUGGCCAAGUCGCUGCCGGACACGCACCGCGUGGUGCUCAUCGAGGCGAACCCCGUGGCGUACUGGUCGAUCGCAGCACUGCGUGGUGCAGUGCUGCCUGGAUUCGAGGAUCAGGUCGUGCACGAACUUUCCGCCAAGACCGUCUUUGGUGCUGGGUCGCGUCACAUUGUGCUGACGGGAACGCGUGUCGUAGACCUUGGCAGCGACCACGUCGUCGUCUCACGCGACGUCACCAGCGAGGUCUCUGGCAGCACGCUCGACGCAGAGGGGCGCACGAAGAUUCCGCUGGAUCGUGCGGUGCUGGGUCUGGGCUCCGACUACGGCUUUCCGACGCGCGCAGCAACAACGGCCAAGAGCGCCGACGACAUCAAGGCGCACUUCAUCAAGAUGCAGAACGACGUCAAGAACGCACAGGACAUCCUCGUGAUCGGAGGUGGACCGACAGGCGUCGAGUUUGUGGGCGAGGUGCUCGACGUGCAUCCGAACAAGAAGAUCACGCUGCUCACGCGCGGUGCUGCGCUCGCCAGCUCGGGCGACGACGCAUUCGCCGGAAUGUCCAAGAAGCUGCUCUCGCAGCUGCAGGCCAAGGGCGUGCGCGUCAUCCUCAACGACUCGAUCCCCAAGGACCUCACCACCGGCCCCAUCGACGCCACCUCCUUCACCACCUCCAAAGGCGUCGAGCUCACCGCCGACUACGUCAUGGUCGCGCUCGGUGGCCGACCCAACACGGAGUGGGUCAAGUCUAGCCACCCGGAACUCGUGGACAGCAAGGGCUACCUCAAGGUCACCGACGCCUUUGUGCUCGAUGCGCCCGGCUGGGAGAGGUACUACUCGCUCGGCGAUGCGGCCAACACGCCGGGGCUCAAGACCAACUACAUUGCCACACAGCACGCGCCGCUCGUGGCGCACAACGUCGUGGCCGCCAUCAAGGGCACCUCGACCGAUAAGCUCAAGAGGGUCAACGGCGCACCGGGCGCACUCAUGGUGGUGCCCAUCGGCAAGGGCGGCGGUGCGGGAUACCUCGGAUUCGCCACCGUAGGCAGCUGGGUCGCCAGCUUCGCCAAGGGCAAGACGCUCUUUGUGUCCAAGUUCCACGGAUCAUUCAAGGCUUAG